AUGAAAGAAGUGGAUAAGGUGUAUGCAAUAACCGGUGCCAAAGUCCCCAUUGUGAAAUUCAACUGGACAAAGCUUGCAUCAGUUACUUAUAAUGUAUUAGCGCUUUCAAAUACGGAAAUGCUCAAGAAGUACUGUUCGUGGGACGUUCGAGUUGCGCCUCUUGGUGUGUGGAUAAAACGGUGGGCGAAGUCGUGCGAUAUAGGAGAUGCGUCUCGUGGCUCGCUGUCAUCAUACGCCUUCAUCAUCCUGCUCCUCCAUUACCUGCAAAAUUGUGAUCCACCUGUGCUGCCGCGCCUGCAGGAGGAUUUCCGAGACCCCAGCAUGCAACCAAUUAUCGUCGAAAACUGCGACGUCUACUUCCAUCGUGAAGUAAUUCCUGGCUGGUCAAAGAAUAUGAAGACAAUUGGAGAGUUGUUUGUCGGUUUUCUCGACUAUUAUGCGCGAUUCGAUUUUGGCACGCAGGUUGUGCAAAUUCGACGCAAGAAGCCGUUGCUAAAAAUGGAGAAAGACUGGAAUCGUUCGAUAUGCAUAGAAGAUCCGUUCGACCUCCAUCAUAACCUGGGAUCAGGUGUCUCACGAAAAAGUAGGUUGGCUGCCAUCAACCCUCGUAGUAUUUUUAAUACCGAC